CCCAACCCAGCCCAAUUAGGCCCAUUUGAAACCCUAACCCUAGGGCUUCUCUAUAAAUACAAACCUCUCUCCCUUGCACUUGGCUUUUAUUCACUCCCACCCCUAUCUUUUUUCAGCCGCCACCAGCAGGCAGCAGCUUCUCCCUCGCGCGUGUCUUCUUCCCUUGGAGCUGAGCUCCUUCUCCCAUGGCGCCUCCACACUCCCAGCCGCCCUCCUCUGCCCAGCAGCCGAGCGCCCAGCUCCCUCCCUGGAUCCAUGGCGUCCAAGCCCCUGUGCCCUCUCUCCCAUGGCGUGAGGCCCCUACUCCCAUCUCUCUACCAGCGCCCAGCCAUGGUGGUCGCCGACCUCCCUGCUCCCUGCUGUUGCUCGCCUUGCUUGGAUGAGAAGCAGCCGAGCGCCCUCCCUGUCCAUGGCGUGGAGCAGCAGCUCCCAUUCCCCGGCGACAUCCUCCUCGCCGUCGUCCAUGGCGCCCCUGCGAACCUCCCUGUCCAUGGCCACAAAUCCUUGCGCCCUUCCUGCGCAGCGCCGCUGCUCCACCCCUCCCUCAGCGCCCCCUCUCUCCCAUGGCCGAGCAGCAGCUCUGCUCGCCUCCCCCUCCUUCUUUUUCCCUUGCGCAGCAGCAAGAAGCCCCUGCUCGCAGUCUUGGCGUCCAACUUCGCUGCGCAGCGGUGCCGAUCCAAAACAGCAGCCCCGAAUCCCCCGCAUCGCGUGCUCGCUCGAUCUGCGCAGCCCCAACAUCGACGCCGUUCACCCCGGUGAGACGACGAUGAUCUUUGUUUGAUUCCACAUCGGCAUUGUUCUCCGGUGAUUAAAUUGUGUAUAUGUGCUGUUUUGUUUUAUUUUGUGGAGGCGAGGAACCCCUGGUGUUGCGUGGAGAAGGCAAGUCGUUCAACGCUCGUCGGAUGCUCGGAGCGAUGCACAAAUCGGAAUCGCCAUCGUCCUUACAAACACCGAUUGGGUUUGUUUAUGGUGAGCCGAUGUAUGUCGCUCUCGGUCGACUCGACUAAUUAUUUUGAAUGGAUGUGUGUAAAAUGUUUCGGUUAUGCGCAUUGGUAGGAUCGCGUUUGCGAUUGGAGAACAAGAGGUUAUUUGAUGUGUGCGAAUUGUAGUGAGUCUAAUUAGGUUUUGAUCGAUGAUGUGCAAGUGUGAUUAUGUGUGUGAAAAUACUUUUGUAUGAAUGGAAGCGUGUAGAGAGGAAAAUGAAGUAGAAAAGAACUCUAAUGUUUUUAUAUCUUGGUAGGAAAAAUAUGUGAUGUGUGGU